CCGUCUGUACUGCGAUCAGUUGGUAGGACUCUCAGUCAAAGUAAAAAUGAAAAUCUUUGUGGCUCUUUUGGCUUUUGUGGCCGUCGCCAGCGCGGCUUCGGUGGGCGAGCCCAUUGGCACCCACUCGAUCUCCAGCACGAUUGAGGAUAUGAUCGAGGGCCUUAAGGAGCAGAUGCCUUGUGGCUUCGCCGGAUUGGGCAUUCCGCCCAGCCCCCUGAGGGUCGACCAUAAGGAGAUCGAUAUCGAUACCAGCGUUUUGAAGGCACAGGGAACCAUCGAUCACUUCCGCCUAAAUGGCCUCAACGAUUUCGAAAUCGCUGAGAUGAAGGUCAACGCCAUCACCAGCAAGGUCACCUUCAGGUUCAUCUUCAACAACGUGAACGUGGACACCCAGUACAACAUGAAUGUGUUGCUCAAGAAGUUCGGCUUCACCGUUAACCUUAUCGGAGCUGGCCAUGCCAAGUUCGCCAUCAAGGAUAUGGCCAUCUGGGGCACCCUCAAGUACUCUCUGGGCGUGAUUAGCGGAAACUUGAAGCUCAAGACCCUGGAGGUGCGCACCCACCUGGGUGAGGUUGACUCCGAGAUCGAGGGCAUCCUCGGCGAUGGCACCAUCAACGAGAAGAUGAACGAGUACCUGGCCGAGGCCGUCGAGCUGGCCAUCAACGAGAACGAGGACUUGAUUGCCGACACCAUCGAGAGCAUUGCCGUGCCCGCUGUCAACAGCGUCCUGGAUGACAUCUCCCUGGCCGAAAUCGUUGCCGGAGCCGGUGGCGGCGAGGGUGGCGAGAAGGAGGUCUGCAUUCCUCCCGAGUUCGAGUGGUAAUUAAGUCAUCGCUGAUUAAACAACAAAAACGUUUUUGAAUCAA